CUUUGGUACAAGGCUUUCUCUGUCUGUUCUGCGUUUAAACUUGUAUUUUCCUUUUUCUUUUCCUUCUUGAUAAUAUGUCUUUUUCCCUGUACGGUUCUCUUCCACCUUCAAAGACUGAAAAGAAAGAUGAAGCGGCUAAACAAAGACAAGAUGCUCAAAGCUCAUCACUAUAUUCACUCUAUUCAUCUUUACCUCCUCCUGAGACUAACCAGGUUUCUACCUCUUCUUCCUCUUCUGUUGCCACUACUGCUACUGCUGUAAACACAUCUUUUACAGAAGCACCAACAGCGCCGAUAGUACCAGUACCAGUUGUACCAGUUACAGCUCAUCCUACUCCUCAAGGCUGGUCAGCUAUCAACAAAUUCAGGCCUGUUUUACGUCGGCCUACUAUUCAAGCAAAGCCGAAAAUAAACAGAUCAGUUAUUCCAGCUGGAGCUACUAUAGUAUCAGUGGAAACAGUAAACAAAGAAAAGACAGAUAAAGCACUUGACAAUACCAUUGUUCAGCAAGAGACAAAAGCAACAAGUACUAUUGAUCUAGGUGCGAUCCCUCUUUUAUCGACGCCUGAUGACGUGAAUGGAUUUCGUUCUAUUCAAAAACCAAAGAAAAAGGGAAAGAAGAAGAAUAUGACCAACAAUCAACCUCAACCUAUUGUAUUCAACAUGCUGGAAGACUAUGACCCACAUCGUCCUAAUGACUAUGAGCAAUAUAAAGAAGAACGUAAAGAUCUUCGCGAAAGGCAAAAGAGGCAAAGAGACUGGGAAAAAAAACAGGCACAACGAUCUAAUCUAUCCUUGUCAAGAUCUCGGUCAAGGUCAAGGUCAAGGUCACCUUCUUAUGCUCGUUCAUAUUCUCGUUCAUAUUCCCGUUCAUAUUCUCGUUCACGAUCAAAAUCUCGAACUCCUUCCCCAACACCAAGCUCACAAGUACCUAAAUAUCGUGGAACAAGUUUGUCAGCAUACAACCAAUCUUUUGUACCUCUACCCUCCACAUCACCAGCAAAGAUAGAUCUAAAUGAAACAGCAGAGGACGUUUAUAAACGAAGAUUGAUGCUCAGUCAACAACAGCAGCAACAACAAAUGCAUAGAGAGCCACAGUCGCCUAUAGAGUUACCACAAUCAAAACCAGAUGAUGCAAGACUAGCUACAGUUCAAAACAUUGCAAGGAAAGUAUUAGCAAAAUAUGGUUGGCAAGAAGGUCAAGGACUUGGUAAAGAAGGAGAAGGCAUAAAAGAGGCUCUACAAGUGAAACCUAUUGGACAUGGUAACGGUGUCAUUAUCGAUAGUUCUACACAAAAAGCAGUGAAUAUUCCUGGAAAGAAGGAAGUGAAAGAAAAAAUGACGAGGACUGUCAUGCUAACAAAUAUGGUUGGACCAGGCGAAGUAGAUGACAUGCUACAAGUAGAAACAGCAGAAGAGUGCUCAAAGUAUGGCAAAGUGGAAAGAUGCUUGAUAUUUGAAGUACCUCGUGGAAAAGUACCUGAUGAUAAAGCUGUUCGUAUAUUUGUAAAGUUUACAGACAUAGAAGCAGCAAAAAGGGCUGUCCAAGACUUGAAUGGUAGAUAUUUUGAUGGAAGAAUUGUAUCAGCGACUUUCUAUGAUACAAGAAGAUUUGACAAAUUAGAUUUAGCCCCCUCAAAGGAGGAAUUAACGGCAGCAUUACAAACAGAGUGAAAGUAUAUUAAUAAACAAAAGACUCUUUUUUCUGGCUGUUUUCUCUUACUGUUGUAUAUAAACACUAUAUCUCGAUAGCCCACAAAUGCUUUACAUGAGAUUAUGAAUGAUAUGCCUCAUUUUAAAGAAAUACAAUUAUAAUAAAAAAACAUCAUAG